AUGACGUCGGGCCUCGCCGAGGCCGUCGUCAAGGCCUGCGCCGCGCCCAUCAACCACUUUGAAUCCUUCUACCCGCUCGAGGCGUCGAUCGACGAGAAGGCGCGCGCCGUGUACCAAAAGAUCUAUGGCGCCGACGACGUCAUCUUUGCGGUCAAGUCCGUCGUCGGCCUAGAUGGCUGUCACUUAUAA